AUGUCCUCCGUCGCGAGCCUCGUCGGUGCACUUCAGGAUCUGGGCCCGACUGCUGCCACCGAUCCCGCGACAGCAGCAGCAGUAGCGUCUCUUAUUCAGCAACUCAUCGACGCUCUUCCAGCACUGACAGGCGAUCGUUAUGUCUCUAUCUUCUGUUUCACCCUUAGUAUUUGGGAGCUUAUCCUCAACUUCGACAACGAGGUCCGACUGAUCUGGCGCAGUCAGCAGAAGCAAGUACUCGUGACCCAGAUGCUAUACGGCUUCUUGCGCUACAGUAUGAUCCUACUUUCGACUCUCAACCUCAUUGUUGUUUGUAACAUCACGCCCCAACGCGGUGAUAUCAUGUUCUCUUGGAUCAUCAUCUUGGCUGCGAUCGGUAACCUCACUCUCAUCUUUGGGAAUGCUCGAUUGGCGCAUCAAGCUUACUCGCUCUGGGAUGCCCGGCACAAGACGAAGAUUGUCAUUCAAACGACACUUCUUAUCUCUUACUCUGCUACUAUAGGGUGCACAAUCUACUCUGUCAUAUCGCUGGCCAGAAAUGUCAUCUUCGUGGGGCCCAUCGUUCAUUCGUGUGUUGUGCAAACAUUACCCCAAGAGGAGAUAUGGGUAUGGGUUACUCAGAUGGUUUUUGACGUCUUCAUCUUUUGUUACACCCUGUUCAAUACGCGUGAGCGACAGCAAGUGACGGCCGAUAUUAUCUCGCGAUUUCGUAAAGACUGUCUGUUCUUCUUCGCAAUUCUUUUUGCACUUCGCCUCAUGAAUCUGGUCCUUGCUACUACUCGUAAUGUAUCAUAUUUCACACUGGGAUACCUUGUUGAUUUUGUAUUCGUCAACAUUAUCAUGACGCGCCUUAUCCUUCGCCUUGAGUACCUGAAGUUAUCUCACAAUGACCGCCUGGGUUAUGAGCAGAGGACCCGCCCGGAGAUUGAGCUUCAUGUCGUUUCUGCGCAUCGAGACAAGGCAAGGGGUUGA